AUGGACGCCCUAGAUCGACUCUCCUUGUUCUUUCAAGAUUUCAACCUCGUCACAUCUCAGCUUCGUAAUUUAGUCCCCACCCUGAAGGACAAGUUACUGGAUGUCUUAAAUCAGACCGCGGGUAGCGAGAACCCUGAUGAGGAGGUGUUUGCCGGUCUGCCGACAAUCUUUAACGCUGAACCAAUGUUCAGACACCUUGAUGCCUGCGUCCCUCGUCUGGCGCCUGACGCGCAGCUAGACGAAACUCCAACUCGAAGCUUUUUUACGAAACUGGAGCUCAUUGCUGUACUCUCCAGUAUUUUCAAUCUUCAUUCUACUGGAAAAGCGGCCUGGCUGACUGUGGAAUAUCUUGCUCAUAUUUCCAAGCGGACUAUCGACGAGACCCACGCUUUACUAAACCGGCUUUUUAUUGAGUUAAUUGUUUUGGAAAACGACAGACCUUCCACGAAGGAGGACGUUGCUGUGAAGGUUGCGCAAAUACAGCAGUCUCUCGUGGAAAAGUCCGAACUUUUGUCUGACUACGAAAGGCUGAGGGAUGGAGUCAAACUUCCGACGCCCCAUGCCAAUCUGCAGUGCAUUGUUGUGGACGCUCUUCGUGUCUACCUCAAUCAUUACCUAGACUGGCAUGCAAUCGACGCUCGACUGGACUUGGUGCUGACUCGACAUAAAGGUUUCCUAGACAGCAAAUGCUGGGCAGCCGUCUACUGUCGCGGUUUUGUUUACUGGCUUCGCCUUCGGGCUCGCUGCUCCUCGGGUGUCCCG